AGAGUUGAUCUGGAUAACAAUUUUUCUGAAGACUGCGAUGUUAAGUACGGAGUGCCUCAAAGGAGUUGUCUUGGCCCCAUACUUUUUCUGCUUUAUGUAUCCCAACUAUAUGACAUUAUUGACAGGCACUUACCCUCUUCUCAUGGAUAUGCUGAUGACACGCAACUUUAUGUAUCCUUUCGCCCAGAUUGUGAAGAUAAUUCAGAAAAUACCCUAGCCAUACUGGAAGAUUGUAUUUCUGAUGUUCGUACUUGGCUGUUGUCUCAUAAAUUAAUGUUCAAAGAUUCGAAAACGGAAUUUCUUGUAAUUGGUACACCACAACAACUUUUGAAAAUAAACAUUGAAUCCGUUAACGUUGGUGGGGUCCAAAUUAAGCCGGUUGAUAGUGUUCGAAACUUGGGAUCUUGGUUUGACAAGCAUAUGUCAAUGUCAGUUCAUGUAGGCAAGAUGUGCAGUAAAGCAUUCAGAGGACUUUAUAAAAUACGACAAAUUAAAACAUUUUUAUCUACUAAUACAACGAAAACUUUGAUACAUGCUUUCGUGACAUCACACGUGGACUAUUGUAAUGCUCUGUUGGCUGGCAUACCUCAGUAUCAAGUCCAGCGAAUUCAGCGAGUUCUUAAUGCCGCUGCUAGAUUAAUCUACCACUGUCCAAGAUUUUCCCACAUCACCCCAGUUUUGAGAUCACUUCACUGGCUACCGGUAAAAUUCCGGGUGGAAUUCAAAAUUGCUUUACUGGUUUACAAGGCUCUUAAUAACAUUGCCCCUAUCUACAUCUCUGAAAUGCUUACCCCAAAACAAUCAAGUGAUCGCUGGACAUUACGAUCGGAUGGUCAAGGUCUAUUAUACAUCCCGAAAACAAACUGUAAGACUCUAGGAGAUCGGGCUUUCGCACAUGCUGCUCCACAAUUAUGGAAUUCUCUGCCUCUGGAUGUCAGGAACUGUGAAAACAUUUCUGUGUUUAAGAAACGCUUGAAAACAUUUCUUUUUAAUAAGGCUUAUAACCCUUUAUAGGUUGAGACCAUAUUGGAUUCUAUCAUUCUUAUUAUAGAUACAUACAUUAGUGUAUAUUCUAAUUGUAUACAAUACCAUGUUUUAUAUAGCAUAUUUAACUCUUAAUAUAUUUAGAUUUUUAUAAUGUACAGCGCUUCGAGUAUAUAUUAUAACAUAUGCGCUUUAUUUAAAUGAAUAAAUUAUUUAUUAUUAUUAUUAUAAAUUAUUAUUUAUUAUUAUAAACGUGGAAGGACAGAACGCCGUGAAUGACAACGUUAAUGUACCACCGCCCGAUCCGGAGAACGAGUAUGAUGAAAAUGAUGCUCGUUUGGAUGGUCUUGAUCCUGAAGAAGCUGGCGAACAGCGUUAUUUUGAGCAUGGUGUAGACCCUGCAGAAGCAGAUGAACAGCGCCAGCGGCAAAUUCCAGUGCCGAACAAACCAGCAAGGCGACCAUGUCACGCACUGGCUAGGGAAAACGCUGAAGCGUUGAAUGCGUUUCUGACAAGAGACCUUCCCGUGGUAACACACCAGCUGCAACAAACAAUGGAACUCAUGAAUCAACUUAUUCAGCGUCAGUUAAAUAAUUAA